GUGGGGUCGUCGGGGGCCUGCUGUUGUUAUUGCAGGUAGGUGAUCAAUGUGUCGGCAGAAACACCACAAAAUGCUGUUUUUUUUUUCCAGCCACGGUGCUAUAAUUGUAACCUGGAAAGAAAUGGCUGUCCGGUGAACUAUGGCGAGGAUGUUUCGCAAUGGAGCAGGCGUGUGUGUGUGUGUGUGUGUGUGUCACAGGGUCUCAUGUAGCACAAGAGAUACGGCGGGAUGGCGGCAACACAUCAUUAGGAUCCCACUGCUGGGAGAAUGGCCUUCAGUCAAGCAUUUAUCUACGCUUGUCUUUGUCUACUGAUAAUCAAGUGGUGUCCCAAUUCUCCUUGAACUGAGGAGUAAGUGCUAAGGGUUGUUCACCCCUUAAAACCAAGUGUGCUCGGGGACCAGACUUGAAACGAAGGGGAAGGCGGAGCUAAAACACUUGACGAGAAGAUGGAAGUGCGGAGACGGACAGAAACAUAAAAAUGUCAAUGGCAAAGAGUUAUCCAAGCCCAGCCAUGAGGAGUCCAUGCUGGACUCCAUCCGACCCGCCAAGGACCCCGUCGUGGUUCAGGUCGUCCGUCAGACCCCCGGCGGUCCGCCUCAGGAAAUCCAUGUGGUGGACGUGUGCACGCAGACCGACAUCACCUUUGAACACAUCAUGGCGCUGGCUAAGCUGCGGCCUUCCACCCCUCCUGUGCCCGACGUCUGCCCCCUUCUGCUGUCCGACAGCUGUCAUUCCCUUCACACUACGGAGCAGGAGUUCUUCCACGAGACCGACUACCUCUCACCGCUUCCAGUCGACGCUGAAAGGACGGAAGAGUUGGAAUAUGAGGAAGUGGAAUUGUGCCGACUCGGCAGCCAAGAAAAGCUGGGGCUGACUUUGUGCUACAGAACAGACGAGGAGGAGGACGUGGCCAUCUACGUCAGCGAGAUCUGCCCCAACAGCAUCGCCGCUAAAGAUGGUCGCAUCCGAGAAGGGGACCGCAUACUGCAGAUUAAUGGUCGAGAUGUUCAAGACCGAGAGGAGGCCAUGGCUGUGUUCUCCAGCGACGAGUGGCACAGCGUUCUGUUGCUGGUGGCCAGGCCGGAGCUCCAACUGGAGGAGGCCUGGCUGGACGACGAGCACAGCGAGUUCCUGGAGCAGCUGAAGAUGGAAAUGUUGGAGGAACAGCAGCGUGAGGAGAUGGACCUCGACGCCUUCCAGGAGGAGCAGGACAGCGAGCAGAGAACAGAUGAAGACCGGCCCACCUGCUCCACACGGACCCUCAAAGACGGAACAGCGGACUCGGAGCACAACGUCCUGGCGUCCAUCCUCUGGGAUACUCGCUGCCCCGAGGGCCGGGAAGACGAGGAAUCGGAAGUGGAGCGAUUCCAGCAACUCCUGGAGCUCAAGUGUCAAAUCCGCAACAGCGGCGAAUACGACGUUUUCUACAGCCGGCGUAGCGUGUGUAGCAUCGCCGAGCAAAGCGGCGUCCAGCACGAGUUGCGAAUGCUCAAUGAGGAGCUGCGUAGCAUCGAGCUGGAAUGUCAGAACAUCAUGGAAGCGCACAAACUCGGCAAGGGAAAGCAGUCGCGGUGCUCGACGCCCUCGAUGCCCGGAAACCGAAACCGAAACGAGAGACUGGAAAAAUGGGAUAAGGACAGCUCCAGUGCUUACAACACCGCAGAGAGCUCCCGUAGCACUCCGUUGACCAUGGAUCGUUCUCCGGAACAUUCCCUCCAGAGGAUGGUGAGCGUCACUAACCAGAAGAACCUCAGCAGCAGCCUCAUGAGUUCGAUUCCAGGAUCCAGGGCUCCCGUUCUGGGAAAGAGCAGCAGCCCGGACCACAGCAAUCCGUCAGACCAAUCGGAUCAGACGCUGCUUCCCGAGGACCAACACAAAUUCAAGCAUCGACUUUCCCAAAUUCCUUACUUUUCCCCGUCGCUUAGUUCACAAAGCUACAUGCAGCUAAUCCAGCAGCGCUCGGAAUACGCACAGAGUCAGUUUUUGCCGCUUGAUGAACCCAAAAUGGAGUGGAAAGUGAAAAUCCGCAGCGACGGCACCCGUUAUAUCACAAAGCGUCCCAUACGGGAUAAAAUCCUUCGUGAGCGCGCCUUGAAGAUCAAAGAGGAACGCAGCGGCGGCAUGACCACAGACGACGACGCCAUAAGCGAAAUGAAAAUGGGCCGCUACUGGAGCAAAGAGGAAAGGAAGCAGCAUCUGCUCCGAGCUAAGGAACACAGGAAGAGGCGGGAAUUCAUGCAGAGGAGCCGACUGGAGAGCUUGAAGGAGAACCCUCAGAGCGAGGACAUCAACAUCAUCGAGCUGAGCCACAAGAAGAUGAUGAAGAAGCGGAACAAGAAGAUCCUGGAUAACUGGAUGACCAUCCAGGAACUCAUGACUCACGGCGCCAAGGCUCCCGACGGAGCGCAGGUCCACUUCCUGUCCGUCACGACUGUCUGAGAAGCAACGUAUGUUCUACCCGUGUGGUAUGAGAUCAUUGCCUCGUUAAUGCGGCCUUUUUAUGAUGACAUUUUUCACACUUUAUAAACAUAAACACCAUUUUGGAAAAAUUCCAUGGCCUUCCUUCAUCUUUUUUACAUCACUUUUUUAUUGGACGGAUGACAUUUUGGGAUUUUGUGGACCCGGUUUAGCACUCACUGUACCACUUAAAGGUUUGGAGACGCUUGUUGUAAUCCCUCCUUGGUUCCGCAAUAAAUUCAUUUCCGUGAUAUAUCAGCCAAACGUUAAUAAAUUGAAUAUUUUGGUCAUUAGACAGGUUGUAACAUUAUUACAGCCUUGUAGACAUGAAAUAGCACCCCUAUAGUCACCUUUACACUCCUAUUUUUUUUUUACAUUCACCGGAAACAGGCAAAUUAUGCCUAUGUUUUUCCACUAAUAUUAGGCUAGGCUGGUUAGCGCGCAGGCCUCAUAGCGAGGUGACCCCGAGUUCAAUUCCACCCACUGGCAUCUCUGUAUGGAGUUGGCAUGUUAAUGUUAAUAAAUUGAAUAUUUUAGUAAUUAUAGCAUAUAAAACCUGUACGGGUUGUAACAUUAUUAGAGCCUUGUAGACAUGAAAUAACACCCCUAUAGUCACCUUUACACUCCUAUUUCAUUUUAGGUCCACCGGAAACAGGCAACUUAUGCUAUAUUUUUCCACUAAUAUUAGGCUAGGCUGGUUAGCGCAGAGGCCUCACAGCGAGGUGACCCCGAGUUCAAUUCCACCCACUGGCAUCUCUGUUAUAUCCGUGAUAUAUCAGCCAAUGUUAAUAAAUGGAAUAUUUUGGUAAUUAUAGCAUACAAAACCUGUACAGGUUGUAACAUUAUUAGAGCCUUGUAGACAUGAAAUAACACCCCUAUAGUCACCUUUACACUCCUAUUUCAUUUUAGGUUCACCGGAAACAGGCAACUUAUGCCUAUAUUUUUCCACUAAUAUUAGGCUAGGCUGGUUAGCGCAGAGGCCUCACAGCGAGGAGACCCAAGUUCAAUUCCACCCACUGGCAUCUCUGUUAUAUCCGUGAUAUAUCAGCCAAUGUUAAUAAAUGGAAUAUUUUGGUAAUUAUAGCAUACAAAACCUGUACGGGUUGUAACAUUAUUAGAGCCUUGUAGACAUGAAAUAACACCCCUAUAGUCACCUUUACACUCCUUUUUUUUUACUGGAGGCCAACGUUCAACGUUUACUACUUCAAACUUGUCGUUAUUUAUUUUUCCACUAAUAUUAAGCUAGGCCGGCGAGAGCCUUGUAGACAUGAAAUAACACCCCUAUAGUCACUUUUACACCCCUAUUUUUUUUUGUUUACAUCACAUAUCCCAGGCUAUGGGAUCACCAGACAUAAUGUAAUGUAAUGUACAACCCGGCGCUAGCAUAGCAAAAUAAUUAGCCUCUUUACCGCGCGUACAAAUUCUGUCCAUGACCUUAUUGGAGGUACUUACUAGUGACCACAAUACUACUUCGAAUUUGUCGUUCUAUAUUUUUCCGCUAAUAUUAAGCUAGCGAUUGGUUAGCACGCAGGCCUCACAGCGAGGAGAUUUAUCCAGGCUUGGGACUUGUCUUGUAGCUUAUUAGCUACAUGAAGCUCCUAUCCCAGAAAAGUGGGUUUCGGCAGUAGUCCUGAAGUCUUCGGGAAUGCUUGGGUGUGUACACCAAUCACAGUGGAGUGCACGUACCCGAAAGCGAGCCGUGGGUGGAAUAAAACCAUUUUGGAAAUGUAAAAAAAAAAAUACAGCUGGAAUAGGUGCAGAUUCUGGAAGAUCUAGAAAGCUUUCAGUAUAGCUGCUAUGCAUACACAAUAUUGCAAUAAAGGUAUAAGACCAGUAACCAUCAACCAUCAGAGAAGAAACAUCUAAAAAGGCCUUCAAGGCACCAAAAUAUGGGACAUUGAAAGGUGGAAAAAAGUCUUGAUGGUCCAGAUGGCUUCCAACAAGGAGAUACCACCUCAGAUCAUUAUCAUUGCUCGGUGCUUGAGGUGGUGCAGGGGCGUCAAACUAUGUGGAGAUGUUGCAGGUGGGCAUCCAUCAUGAUUUUCAAACUCUACUUAGAACCUCCUUAAGAUCAAAUAUGAUUGACAUUUCAGUGCAAAAGGUUUACCAGAGACCUCCAUGGUGUAAAACCAGCUAUUUGAAACAUGUGCCCGAAUACAGUGCACCUUGCUGGGCCACAGCAGGUGUCUCCCCCCCCUCUAUUCUCUGGUUCUCCUGAUACUAGUGAUGUGCUCAUAGUAAUGCCAUAAUAUUUCAUUAGGACUAAUCAAAAGUAUGUUUGGUCACAUCGUAAUUUCUCCCAGUCCUUCUUACCCCCCAGUACAAAGUACACAACAAAAUUGCAAAAAAAAGCAAUUUUUUUUACUGAUUCAAUACAACGGAAGGCUAAUCAUUUUUUUUCUUUUUUUUUUUCAUUUCAAGACAAAUAUUGUAAAUUUCACUGUUCCAGCCUGUCUUUGUUUUGCAGUGGCUGUCUCAUGAUAGUAGGCAGCACAUUUGUAGCCUGUUGAAAAAAUAUGUGAUGAUUGUAAUCUUUGCAAAAAAAUAAA